AUGAAGAACACAGAGGAAGAGGAGAUGUUCCUCAAAAAAUUGAACAAACUCCGCAAGAAGGCACAGAAGGAAGCUUUAUCAAGCAAGGAGAAGACGUACAAGAAAGCAAAACGAAAGAAGGAUUCAGACAACAGGCCAGUGGCUUUCCAUCCUUUCUCACCACAGGAACCUGAGGCACAUGAAUCCAAUGUAUAUAAUCAUAGUAGUCCCACGAAGGGCCCGCCCCACCACAACAGAUUCAACUUGUACAACAACUUUGUUGCGUCCUCAGAAACCAGCAAGGCUCGUAUGGCAAUCAUCAAACAUAAAAAAAUAUAA